GUCUCACAUCCUUCUUUCUUUACACAACCAGUCGCAGACAAACCGUGAACAAAAAAAGAGCCUUCCCCUUUCGGCGUCUCCCCUCCCGCCGCCACCCGCGCAGCCUGCGCGAUGAGCGCUCCGCGCCAUAACAAACAUUGCCUCGCUUGCCAGCGCACACAGACUUGAAGCGUUCCUCGCGCUGUACAAACGCACCCGAGCACAGCUUAACAGCUACGCCGCGUUCGGUUCGGACAUGAUACCGGUGCGCAUCCGGAGAUGAGGCUCAGAAAUGGCACCUUCCUAACAAUCUUAUUGUUCGGACUAUGCGGACUUAUAUCCUUGUCUUGGUACACCGCAUUCAGCAAUUCCAAAGGUAAUGUGGUUGAUAUCUACCAGAGGGAGUUCCUGGCCCUGAGAGAUCGUCUACACUCUGCCGAGCAGGAAAACCUGAAACGCUCCAAAGAGCUCAACCUGGUGCUGGACGAGAUCAAGCGAGCCAUCGCUGAGAAGCAAGCACUGCGUGACAUCAACCGCACGUGGAGCAGCCUGUCAGAUGAGACCAAGCUGAAGCUCUGGAACGUCACCAGCAGCAAGAAUGUGCUGCAGCCACCCAGCAUCUUCCACCACCUACCCCAUCUUCUGGCCAAGGAGGACAGCCUGCAGCCAGCCGUGCACGUCGGCCAGGGCCGCACCGGAGUGUCGAUAGUGAUGGGUGUGCCCAGCGUGAAGAGGGAGGUACAUUCCUAUUUGACAGACACGCUGAGUUCGCUGAUGUCAGAGUUGAGCCCUGCUGAGAAAGAGGACUGCGUCAUUGUGGUCUUCAUUGCUGAGACGGACCAGCAAUAUGCCAACAGCGUUGCUGACAGCCUUAAGCGCCUAUUUCCAGGGGAGAUCCAGUCAGGCCUGUUAGAGAUCAUCUCCCCAUCAGUUCAUUUUUACCCAGACUUCUCCCAUCUCAAAGAGUCGUUUGGUGACCCAAAAGAACGCGUCAGAUGGCGAACAAAACAGAACUUAGACUACUGUUUCCUGAUGAUGUAUGCCCAAUCUAAAGGGACCUACUAUGUACAGCUAGAGGAUGAUAUUGUCGCUCGACCAAAUUACUUCACCACAAUGAAGAACUUUGCUCUCCAGCAGCCGUCAGAAGAGUGGAUGAUUCUAGAAUUCUCCCAGCUGGGCUUCAUCGGUAAGAUGUUCAAGUCCCUGGACCUGUCUCUGAUAGUGGAAUUUAUGCUAAUGUUCUACAAGGAUAAGCCCAUUGAUUGGCUGCUGGACCACAUCAUGUGGGUGAAAGUGUGCAACCCAGAGAAGGAUGCGAAACAUUGCGAUAGGCAGAAAGCAAACCUUCGCAUUCGCUUCAAGCCUUCUCUCUUCCAGCAUGUGGGAACCCACUCCUCUCUUGCUGGAAAGAUCCAGAAGCUCAAGGACAAAGACUUCGGCAAGCAGACUCUGCAUAAGGGCCAUGCUAACCCGUUAGCAGAGGUCACCACUAGCCUGAAGACAUAUCAGCACUUCACUUUGGAGAAAGCCUACCUGGGCGAGGACUUCUUCUGGGCGUUCACACCCGUGGCUGGAGACUUCAUCCGCAUUCGCUUCUUUACGCCCGUCCGCAUAGAGAGGUAUUUCUUCCGCAGUGGGAACAUCGAGCACCCUGGAGACAAGCUCUUCAACACCACAGUAGAGGUGCUGCCUUUUGAUAACAUCCAGUCCGAAAAAGAAGCCUUGAAGGAGGAAAGAGAGCGGACCCCUAAGUACCAUCGCACGGAGGACGGCUUCAGCAGAAUAGGAAACUUCCAGAACGGGAUUGCGGAGGGCGAGGUGGACCCCUCGUUUGGGCCGUUGGAGGCCAUGCGACUCUCCGUACUGACGGACUCUCCCGUGUGGGUCAUUCUCAGCGAGAUUUUCAUCAAGAAAGCAGAGUGAAAGAUGCCUACCACAAUACCUCACGAUUUCAUUGGGCCUUUCGAUGCAGGACGGGGUCUUCGCAGCGCCUCAACCUGAGCGUCGGCUAUAAGUUUCUUAAACUUGGUCCAAUAGCGCCACCUGCUGGCGGCAGGCUACCGAUAUAGCAGGGUAAAAGUAGAGAAGGCCAGUGAUUCUGAAAAGCCGGGCAGAGAGGAAGCAAAUGUGCACGCACUACCCCAGCUGGCGACGAACUGACGAGGCUGUAAUUUGUAAACUGUAUUCAUGUGUACAUACUCUAAAGGUUCAUUGAUUUGUAAUUACACUGGUAUAUUGUCAACAGGGCUCGCUGGGUGGUCUUGCCCUUUCGACAGUAAAAAUGUUUGACAUUUAAAAAUGCUGCUUUUGGAUUGGAAGACAAUGAAUAACCUGUUGAAGAUAUGAUUUACAAGGUUGAGUUUGUAUCAUUGGCUAGUGGACAAAUGAUUAUAAGUGAGAGGUUUGCUGUUCCAAACUGUAUGUAUUUCUUAUCAUGCAUACACAAAGAAUGCCCACGUACACGAUGGUAAUAAAUCUGUGUGUGCAGACAUUUAGUGAAUGCACCAGUGUCGUUCAGAAAGAUUAUAGCUAUGGAAGCUAUAAAAGAAAAUGUUUAAACGGCACACAUUUUACCUUAAAUUUCAGAAGGGACUAUGUCCCCUUACAAGAACCAACAACCAACAGAAGCAGAUCGUCAGGAGCAUUUAUACUCCUGAUUAC